UUGUGGCCGCGGCGGUGCCGCCGCCGCCCCAUCGCCCGCAGGCUGAUCCCGGCUCUGCGCGCCCCUACCUCCCCUGCACACCACCGGGUUCGGGCAGGCUGAGCGCCGGAGGGCGGCGGUCCGGCGAUGUCGAGGCGCGGGCGGCGGCGCUGAGGCGGCUGAGGAGGGAGUCGGUCCCCGAGCGGGCGCGAUGCGGUCCCUGAACAUCACCCCGGAGCAGUUCGCGCAGCUCCUGCGGGACAACAACGUGACGCGGGAGCAGUUCAUCACCCUCUACGGGCUGCAACCGCUGGUGUACAUCCCGGAGCUGCCGGGGCGCACCAAGGUGGCCUUCGUCCUCAUCUGCGUGCUCAUCUUCGCCCUGGCGCUCUUCGGCAACUGCCUGGUGCUCUACGUGGUGACCCGCAGCAAAGCCAUGAGGACCGUCACCAACAUCUUCAUCUGCUCCCUGGCGCUCAGCGACCUCCUCAUCGCCUUCUUCUGCGUCCCCUUCACCAUGCUGCAGAACAUCUCCUCCAACUGGCUCGGCGGGGCCUUCGCUUGCAAGAUGGUACCAUUUGUUCAGUCCACUGCCAUUGUCACUGAGAUUCUUACAAUGACCUGCAUUGCUGUGGAAAGGCACCAGGGAAUUGUGCAUCCACUAAAAAUGAAGUGGCAGUACACCAAUAAAAGAGCUUUCACGAUGCUUGGCAUAGUCUGGUUGCUGGCUCUUAUUGUCGGGUCACCCAUGUGGCACGUGCAACGGCUCGAGGUUAAAUAUGACUUUCUGUAUGAAAAAGUGUAUGUUUGUUGCUUGGAAGAAUGGGCCAGUCCAAUCUAUCAGAAGAUAUACACGACCUUUAUUCUCGUUAUACUCUUCCUUCUUCCACUGAUGUUGAUGCUUUUUCUGUACACAAAAAUUGGCUAUGAACUCUGGAUUAAGAAACGAGUGGGAGAUGCUUCAGUUCUUCAAACCAUUCACGGGAGUGAAAUGUCCAAAAUAUCAAGGAAGAAGAAACGGGCAAUUGUUAUGAUGGUGACAGUGGUGUUUCUCUUUGCAGUCUGUUGGGCCCCUUUCCACGUGAUUCACAUGCUGAUAGAAUACAGUAACUUUGAAAAGGAGUAUGAUGAUGUGACAGUCAAAAUGAUCUUUGCCAUUGUCCAGAUCAUAGGGUUCUUCAACUCCAUUUGCAACCCCAUCGUUUAUGCUUUCAUGAACGAGAACUUCAAGAAGAAUUUUCUGUCUGCCAUCUGCUUCUGCAUUGUGAAAGAAAAGGCCUCCCCAGCCAGGCAGCUUGGGAACUCGGGGAUCACUAUGAGGAGGCAAAAGCCAAGUGUUUCCCAGAGAGAGGCCACAGACUCGGAUGAAGGCAGGAGGGAGGCGUUCAGCGAGGGCAACAUCGAAGUGAAGUUCUGUGAGCAGCCAGCUUCCAAAAGGAAUUUGAGAAGGCACCUGGUCUUGUUCAGCUCGGAGCUCACUGUGCACUCUGCGCUGGGAAACGGACAGUAGCGUGACAGGGGGGUUGAGAACAGAACUUAGGGAACUUUCAAUAAGCCAUUUAGAACACUUUUCUACUUUGCAUGCUGAAGUAAGGCAGAAAAUAUUUUGUGGACUAUCAUAAUGCUGGUGGAGAAAAAUGUAAUAUUUAUUUUAUAAGGAUGAGGAGUAAAACUUCAGAAGACAAUAUUGCUGUAUGAUUUCCUGUGGGGGAUAAAAAUUGUUUUUCCUAAGCUAGUUGGGGACUUGUUUGCCCUAAACUGCUAUUGCUUGCUCUGUUUAUUCUGUGUCUGCACCAUACACAGCUGCAUGCCAGAAGGCAGGAACUAUGGAAAGAGUGUGCACUUUAUUUGGACAAUCUGGAAAUCUGAUGUGAGUCUGACAUUGUAAGAUCUGCUCUCUGCAACUGUGAGGACAGGGGAGCUUCAGAUGGGAGUUCAGGGAAGAUGCAGACUGAGAUGCAAUUCUGUUUCAGAAAAAUGAAAAAGGGGAUAUGAAAGAGCCAACAGCCAGAAUUUGACUCUGAAGAGACUGAGAUUUAACCACUGCAUGCAUGUUCAUAUUUUAUUAAUAGGAAGCAUAUUAGUAAUUAACAAUGCAUGCAAAAUUAAUGUGCUGUUUUUACAGGUUAAUUCUUGGGUACUGCCCUGGAAACUUCCCUGUUCUGCUGAAAAAUGGAGUGGUGGAAAAAGGGCUGCACAAGAGUGUGCAGGUGCUGGAGGUGUGGUCUGUAAACACUGAGUUUAACUCACAGUCUUGCUUGGAUAUGUGGCUGUUGGCUUGAAAGUGUGGUGUUGCCAUUUUUUGGAGGCAUAAAAGGGUCAGAUCCAGAUCCUUUUGGGACUUCACAGAAGACUUUGAAUUGAAUAUCUCAUUCUUUUGACCAAACACUUCUCUGAAGACGUGCACAAAUCUUUCUGUCUCUCCAUCAUCUUCAAAGGGAAUUAAUUGCUGUCAAAGAACAGGGCCAGUGUUCUGUUAUUUUUAGACUUCACAGUAAAUUACAGGGUUGAAAUCCAUAUAAAUUCUGGUAAUUUUUCCUCUGUGGGCCAAACUGAAUAAUUGUAAAAGGUGUGGGGCUGGGGGGAAAGUGUGGUCUAGAAUCAUACACUGGAUCUAAUCCCAUAAACGAAGUUUUGAAAUACUGAAUUUGCCACUGCUGCUGAGGUUAGGUUGGAUCCUUUAACAGCCUGUGAAAUGUCAGUGCUCUCUGUCAUCUCUUGCCUCACCUAUGAGACCUUGGUGCUCCCUUGCAGUAAUUUAAGAUUCUUUUGGGGCUUUCUGCCCUGGAGAAUAGGGCUUAACAGUGGUUUAUCAUAGUUUUCCUCAGCAGAUGUAAAAUUUAACUGAUUGGUAGUGAGAACUAUGUGCUUGGACAGAAUCUGUGAUGGAAAAUCAAUUUAUUUUAAGCUUUUUGUUUAUUUGCACUGCUAAUUUCAGUGACAAGUUUUAACAAGUAUUUUACAAAAACUUCCAGGUAUUUUAUAUUUUUGUUUUGUCUUACCUGUUUCUUCUUUUGUCUCAUGAAAUGUUUUGUCAAUGAAUAAUUGUUUCAGUAUUGUAUUAAUUUUUUUUUUCAUUAAAAUUCCUUUUUGGGUUUGUUGGUGCUGUUUUGCACUAGGGAGCACCUGCUGCAAACUUCACUCUUUGAGUUUCUCUUUGUUUAAAGAUUCAUGUAAGCUUAUAUGUGCCUCUUUAGGGAUUAAAUUCCAGUGCUGUUACAGGUGCCAGCUGUUACUGUGACCCUUAGAGCUGUGAUUUAAAGGGCUUUGCAGAAUAAGGUGAGAAAGGGGAAAAAAACUUCCAGUCUCUUGGUAGAAGGGGCAUGCUGAAUGUUUCAGCACAGAUAUAUGUGGCUAUGAUUAGAUCAAAUAUAAACCAAAAUACAGAAGACAGUUCUCGUGCUGUUCUUAAUACUAACACAGUGGUUUUCUUGGAGCCACGUAAUCUUUUGAGAAUUCAGAGCCACAGGGAAUAAAAGAACCAUUAUUGAUUGAAGCACAACCAAGAUUUUGCCCAUGUUUUUUUGUUUUUUAAAUCUGUCAGGGCCUCAGCUUUGAUUAACUAACAAACCCAGUUGGUCUGUUGAACUGGGGCAGUUGUUAGUCCAGACUAGCAGCCUGUCUCUUCCUGGUCCCAUGUGUGUGGCUGUAACUUGGAGCUCCAAGCCAGGGAAAGCUGGCACUGCUGUGGGAGGAACAGCCCUGCUGUCCCCCAGCCUACCUGUACCUGUUCCCAUCUUACAGCAACAGAAUUACAUGGAGCAUGUGGUCACAAAAAUUUCUGGCUGAUGAUUUUACUGGAGAACAGAAAAAAUAACCGCGCUCGUUCCCCUAAAAUGAGAAUAUUUAUCGAAACUCUUGUGAUCUGGGAGGAAAAAUUGUCUUAGUUAUGAAUUACUUGUAAUUUCUUUGGUUUAAAGAGAAACUUCUUUUGUUCUCAGCUGUAAGGGGCUAAGCCUCAAAGUUCCAAUGAGAUGAUGCCAGGAACUGGCAUGCUGAUGGAGACAGGACAAUGAAAGGACACAUUCAACUGAGCAGAGACUGGAAAUUUGAAAGGACCAGGAACAAGUGUCAGAUGUGUGAGCUUACUCAACUGAUAGCAGAGAGUAUUAACAAGGAACACAGUGAGUAGAAGGGAAUGUAAGUAUAGUGGUUGUAUGUGCUGCCUGCAGUGUCUGAGUGUGGCAGAAGCUGUUAAAUCAAGGGAUCCAGGACUGGGGAAGGGAUACCUGAGAGAUGAGAGAAAUUACACAAAGAGCAUUGAAGAUGAGGCCCAGAUUAUUGUUGCUCAGGAAAAAAAGAAAAGGAGUAAGUAGGUGAAAGGAUUUGGUAGAGCUGUUGACAUAAAGAGAUGGGAUAGGAAGAUAAUCAUGGCAAGCUAUGUUUUUAUAUAGCUAUAUGGGAUGAUCAGAGUGUUACAGAAGUUGGGAAAGCUUAGAAACUGUGUAGAGAGCAGUCUGGGGAACAGAACAGCAUCUCCAUGCACAGGGCAAAGGCUGGGAAGGGCAAAAGCUGCCCUUUUGGUGCCUCUCCAAGUGGGAGCAGUGGAAUGGAGGAGGAGCUUCGCCGAGCUGAGAAGGAGACAGGUAAAUGUGGAUUUAAUGCAGAAACCCAGGACUUUGAAUUGCAUAAACUCCUUCAGAGGCAUUCACAUAAACUGUUUAUUUCUGUCUAUACUCAAAAUCCUACUUUGACACCUCAAAACUGGCUUCCAGGGGUAUUGCUGGAAACUCAAGCUAUCAUUAGCUGCUUCUGUCGAAGCUCCAGUGAAGUUUGGUACAUUAUGAAGUUAUUUUACAAGGUCUGGUGAUUUGAGAUGAAAAAGAAUCCAUGUUAUUAAUAUUUAGUUCAUUACAAGUGGCUCUAGUUCCUCAAAACUCUCAAGAUGUGUCCUGGUCAAAUGUUAGGCAGAAUUUCUCUGACCCUGUAAUAAAUUCUGAUUUCAAUUACUAUUUUCCGUGCUACUAUCAGCAUGUGGUACUACCUUUACCAGCUUUUGGUUACUGCUGCCUACAUUGUUUCCUGUUCUGGGAUUUCUGGGUUUUGCUCUGUCUGGGCGAAAGUGGCAAUUUUUGUCUUACUGACUUAUCUGUAAGCAGCUGCCGUGAUCAGAACUGCCUCAUCCAGAUUUCAUUUUACAGAGGUAUGAAUAUGUCUGUUUUAAAAAAUGAUCCUGAAAUAUUUAUGAUGUUUGCAUUGGAAAAAAAAAAUCACAUUGGGGUAAACUGGUGUUUAAGGCCUUCCUUGACCUGAUGCAACUGUAGGUGAAGCUUAUGUGUUUCCUCAGAUUGGGCUGAACAACAAAGCAGGUGCUUUCCUUGGAUUCAGCAGCUGAUCUGUAACCCUCUACAGCUGGAGGAAUAAGGGUCACAGACUGUUUUAUUAUGAGAGUUUAACCCCCCACACACUCUUCAGCCACAUCAGAAAACAAAACAUGGUCAGAGAAAAGCAGUAAAACCUGGCUCCUGUUACUCCUGUAAAUACAGACUAACAGUCCUGAGAGUCAAGUUGAGAUCCCAUCUGUUUUGCUGUAGAAGGGCUGCCCUACAAGCCAUGGUUGGUUUUGAGAAGGUUUAAGGGUAUUUACCUGUAACAUGUAAAAGGCAUCUUAGAAAUUUAGUGGAGUUACAAACAAACUUCUGGAAAUGCAUCUGUGCCCUGUAGGGUGCUUAAAACUCAAACCAAGUCUUGAGAAAUGUCUGCUGCCUGAAAAAUGUUGAAUUUUGCUGAUCAACCUCCUGUGGAGUAAUACAAAGCCUUCUAUGAAAAGCUCUGAUUUCCUUAUAUUUUCCAUUUUUUUCCUCAAAGCAGAAACUUCUGCUUAUUUCUUAUUCUUUGGAGAAAUAAUUGUAAACCCCUUGCCCCAAACAUAUUGUGGCAUAUGGUCAGUUUGUGAAAGGGACUCUGUCCUAGAAUGACAUAAUAUUGUGCUUGAAAGACUUCUUUAGGUCAGCACUCCUUUCUUGGAGGAAAAAAAAAAUCUCUUUUUCUAAGCUUCUGCUUGAAAUCUCUUUGGAGCUCUCUAGUUUUUAUUUGCUUGUUUCAAUAGUAACACUCAUUUUUUCUAAAUUAAUCACACCAAGGUUCCUCUGGGCUCUCUCUCCUCAGGUGAGUUUACUGUUCCCUUGGACAUGGUCCUUUUCUCCUCUCAUCUUUUCCAAACACACAUGAUCAAAUUGUGUGCAGCUUUUCAGCUGAGGCUUUAACAGUUUGUAUUCCUUAUGGAAUAAAAAUUUAUCCUUCCUGGCAUCUGUAUCUUUGCUCUGUUUGCCAAAAUAAAAGUGCCUUCAGAUGCUUAACUUUCUCCUUGUACAGAAUUCACAAUGUAUGACUGAAAACUUGUACUUUCAUUCCUCCUUAUAAACUGGAAAAUCUGGUUUACAGACUUGAAGUGAUUUUUCCUACAUCUUAAACUUACAGCUUUAAUCAAAAUCAAUCUCUUAUUUCCACCAUCUUUCCCCCCUGCUCCUGAGAAAAGCCUUAAUUAAAUGAUUUAAAAUUUAAGGCAAGGUCUCUGUAAUUCUCUUUUUAUAUCUUGGAAAUACAUAGGAGGAUUUCAGGCUUUUUCCGUGCACUUGUAGCUGAUUUGUAAAUCCAUUUUAUUUUCCCAUCUGAAAUAGGUGUCCUUGCUCCUUGUGAUUUAUGCCACCUUGAUAAAUAUUCCAAUGUCUGUACAUAUAACUGUUGCAGCAUGAGACAUAAUCUUCCAGUAAUCUUUUAAUUUCAUUUUCUGCUUCAAAAGUUUGCUCAAGCAAAGAUUACUCAGGAUUGACCUGUACUUUCCACUGCUGAAGAAUGAAUUGUUGACUGACUAAAUAAAGCAGAAGUGCAUUGACCUACACAUCCAUCCCACUGCAGGGGAAAAAGAGUUCAAUUAUUCUUGGAAAAAAAAAUAUUUUUUUCCUAAAUAAGAUUUCUGUUUAUAAAAAAAGGUGGUCAACGUAUUUUAUUUUUUUUAAAGCUUUUUUCUUACUCACCUUUUUUAGGUGUCUUUCCCUCAUGCCCAGGCUGUGCUGUGAAGAGUGGAAAAGCUGCUGACUGGCCUGUGGGAUGCACUCAGUGAAGAGGCUGGCUUAUAGUUCUCCAUUUGUAUGAGGGCUACUUUCUGUACUCUGCUUGUCAGUAUUCCACUGCCAUCCCUGGGAACCUCCUGCUUUCAUAGCAUCCCUGACCUCUGCAGUUGGCUUUGUUUAAGAUCAGUCUUUCCUAAAAACAAACUUUGUUCAGUGAGAAGUCAAACUUUGACUUCUGCCUUUUGCCUCGCUCCUUUUCUUUUCUCAUCUCAUCAGUUUGUUUUAUUUUUUCACUUUGUCUUUAUUUUUAAUCCUAUUGCUUUUCCUCAAGCAACUCCUUGAGUUCCCUGUGCCCUUAUCUCUUUUAUACAGAUCACAAUAACCAGGCAAUGAAUUUUAAUGCUGAAGUGAAGCAGUCCUCUGGUUCAGAAUUAGUAUUCCAUCAGGGCUGGCUAUCAGAUCUGUGAACUGCAUUUCCAGCCCUUAUUUCAGGCACACUUGGAAAGACCUUGCCCACUCCACUGGCUACAUUUGGCUUGCUUUUGGUAAGAAAGAAAAGUAGAGAGAAGAGGAAAGAGAAGAAAAGAGAAAGAAAGCUGCACUGGGAGAGUUGAUUUUUCUUGCUACAAAUAACAAGUGCAGAUGCCUGUCCUCAUUGUAGAGAUGACAGCUUAUAAAAAGGUCCAGUAACUUUCUUCUGGGAGUCUGUAAGACACACACUGUCUGGUGUCUUUUGUGUGUGGGACAACAGAAAUGGAACGUUCUUCUGCUUCUUACCUCUACCAUAUGUUUUCCACAGAUACAUCUGUCAAGCACCCAGUUUAGCUAUUUAGUGGCUUCAGAGCUAAAGAGUCUUAAAGACCAUGCAGUCUGAGAACAAAUAGAAGAUAUAUAGCACCUUCGUGGGUAGAGCAUAAAAUAUAUCCUACUAAACAUCCUAUUAAAGCUGCCUCCUCGCUCAGCCUUGAAUUUUGAAGAGCGGAUUUGCGGCAAAAACAUCUGAGAAAAUCUCUUUACCCUCUGCGGCUCGGUGCGUUGUUGUGGCCUCGCUCAGGCUGUAGGUGGCAUCGUUGCUGCACAGGAAAAUCCGCGCCCUUCCCGGCCCUCGGAGGAGAAUUGUUAUCCUGCAGGCUUCUGGAAGCACGUGUUUGAUGGGAGGGUUUGGUACGGGUUUGCUAAGAGUUCCUCUUUCCCUAGGAUUAGCACCACGAAGAAACAAGGAGAGAGGUGCUGGAUUGUUUAAUUUUUUUUCUUUGUGAGGUGGUGCUUUGGAAAGCACUGGUUACACAGCUCUUUUCCUCUGACAGUGCUAAUAAACACUGGGUCUCUUCGGUUCUCAGAGGGAGCUGCAUGUGACAAGGAAUUUCUUGCAGCAUUUCCGUGUUUUCAUCUUUGGUGUUUCUGUGCUGUUUUCUGGGAUACUGCUCACAAAGCUGCUAUAGCCAUGGUGUGUUUUGGGGGAUACUGAGGUUGAAAGCCUACACUUUUCUGAUUUUAUUGGCUUAAACAUUGAAAUCUGCUCUUGGAACUUUUAAAAUUAUGUUUUUCCCUGCAGAAAGAGGAUGUUCCUGGCAGGAGAGGGAAUGGAUCUGCUCUGAUAGGAGAGAGGGUGCAAUAUGAGGUCCACUGGACUUGGCCAUGGCCUCACACAGUGAAAGAAUGAAAACCUGUGCUAAGGAGCUGGAGCUCAUGAGUGACCAAGGAUCAAGAGUAUAAACAAUCCAAUGGAAAUUGGUUUUGUUGGUUUGGGUUUUUUUGAGGCUUUCCUUAGAUGUUUUAAGUUUUCAUCUAAAAUUCAUCCCAUUUGCUUUUCAAAACUUCUGUUUUCCAAAAUAAACAAAUACCACACUUAGGUCUAUCCUGGUUUUGAAGCUGAGCAUUUGAAACAGAAAUUAGUAAAUGGAUCUACAUAAAAAAAUAAAAAGAGACCAAGGCUCUCUGAAAUCCUUCAGACAGCUCAUUUCCAGACUCCCCAGAGUGUGCUAAAAGGCCCAUAGCUGUAGGAAUCCUGCUUCCCAAAUCUGGUGAUAUAAUGGAGGGAAGCCAAAGGGAAGGGGAGACAAUAAAGGGUUAUUUAUUAGCAGUCAGAAGAAAUCUUAGUUCCUAAAUGGCGAACUCAAAAAUGUAAAGGUUCUCAAAAAAUGAUCUGUUUUUAUUACAGUCUUCAGAGAUACUUAUUUAAACAUUUAAUGCACCAGAAAAAAAAAGCCUCUAAAAUCUCAAAGGGAGUGAAAGAACAUUGCUAUUCAAGUUUAAAAAAAGCAAAGAAUAGCCUUGUACAGGGAAACAAGAUUAGCAACCUGUCAGGGUCAGCUGUAAAAUACAAGCCUUGCCAUAGUGAUGUAAGUGAAAGCUCCACAAAUACAAGGACAAAUGAACAAAUUAUUAUUUGAACUGAAGAAUGGAAAUGGAGCAUAAGAAUCCUUUGUCAUAAAUUUGCUCUGUGCUCAUGAAAUACUAAAGUUUUUUGAUGAGUUAUUGAUGCGUGUUCAUGAAGUCUGCAGUGGAAUAAACCCACUUUUCUAAUGAGUGGGAGGAGCUCAGAAGGCCAUAGCCACAAAAGUGGUUGGUUUGUUUGCAAAGUGACCUGAAUUUGCUGAGUUUAUAGUAAUCAUCUAUUUUGAAUGGAAGUAGUUGAUAAUCAUGUGAAAUACAAGGCAAACACUGGUAUUCUUUUUCUUUUUUUUUUUGAAGGAGCAUACUAAAGAAAUAUUACUUUUCUUAGCAUGUGGUAUUUUCCUUUCCAAAGUAACCUCACAGAGUUUUGAGAUUAAAGAGAAAAAUAUAUCCAUUUUUUCAAUUAACUGAAUUAAUUAAUCCAUUACCUAAGUAAUCCAUUCAGCAGCUGUGAAGAGGAUCCAAAACACAGCCAGCAGCAAGGGAAGUUUUAGUUUCACGAGUUUGUUUUGUUAUGGAUUUGGGUCAGAUAUUCUUGGAAAGCAGUGAUACUUCAGUUUGUCACAGUUGCUUGUUCCAGUGGUUAUGGGCAAUGCUGUUUUGCUUCUGCUGCUUUUGCAGUACCCACCUUAUUCCUUCCUGGGUUUUAAUACCUUUUAGAGGUGCCAAAUGCUCCUGAAACUUUUGUUCCUGGAGGCUGUGCUGCAGUUGUUGGAGUCUGGCUCACUCACGUCUGACACGUGAGCUGUUGAGAAAUUACCUCUGCAUAAAAUACAAGAACCCUUAUGAUGAAAUAAAGGGGAAAGGGUUAUUCAAGGGGUUCUGUCAAAUAAGGGCCAGUGCCCAACAGCUAAAAGUGAAUCAAUUUAGGUCAGUCCUGUGGGUCACAGGAAGGACUUGGCCGCUGCCAUCGCACAGGGAAUUCUUUGGAAGCUGACGUGUAGCACAGGGGUGAGUUGACUGAUUUCUGCAGCACUGGCUGCAAGGCAACAGCCAAAGGCAGUCAUUACACCUGGAGCACCUGAGUUUUUGGAGCAGGUGAGUGCUGGGGCAGUGAUGUGCCUCUGCACUGCUCACCUGGGAGUAAAUAUGUCAUCUUCUAAGGCUGUGAAUCACACUGAGUUUUCAGAGAAUGUGAGAAAUUAGAAUGUGAGUUCUGUGUCAAGCAUGGUUUUCAAAUGUUAACUAACCCUUAAGUUAUAUGUGAUUUUUUUCAAGAAAGGGAGGUUUGUGAGGUAUUUUGUUUAAUCCAACGUGGUAGUUUUGAAUUCAUGCUGUGUUCAAUAGAAGGGGCCUUAAGCAAUAACCACACCAUUAUAUCUGAUAACAGAUAUUUGCAAAACAUCUGUGUGUCUCUUAGGGACGGGUGUGAAAGGUGGGUAUAAAACUGUGAAUGGUCAAACCAAAAUGAGACAAAACAGCCUUCCUGGUAUUAGCAUGGAGCUGAGGCAGAGCUGAUGGUUGAUUUUGUUCCUUUUUCUGUAUUAGUAGUCUGAAAAGUGGGGCAGCACAUCUACUUUGUAAAACCCAUUACCAGUUUUUCGAGCUAGUCCAUUAAAUGUUGAUGCCUAAAGUCGUUUGCAUUUCCCACUGA